ACGUCAGUUCAUGAAGUUGCUAGCUAGGAAUCCAUAAUAAAAUAAGUAAAACUAAAAGGGAGUGUGAAAAUGGCAAUUUACAGGAGUUAUCUGAGAUGAAAAUAUUUCCUAUCAAUCCACUAAUACUUUGCGGAUCAGAAUAGGGCAUUUAUUCUAAUCAAGAUGGUCAGAGGAGGAAGAGAUAACCGACUAACUUACGCACAAAAUUUAUCAUGUGGAGCCGCCGCUGGACUUGUCAGCCGCACACUAACUUCACCGCUCGAUGUAGUGAAAAUACGGAUGCAAGUUGGGACCAAAGAAACGCUUCAGCAAGGUUCCCUACGUAGUUUUGGCAACAUUUAUACAGCACAUGGUGUCAGAGCAUUUUGGAAAGGAAAUCUUAUCGGUUGUUUACGCUUGAGUCCAUUCACUGCCGUCCAGUUUUUGGCGUUUUCUCGGUGCAAGGCUUUGCUAGCAGACGACACAGGUCGGCUAACGGCAGCCAGAGCGAUGAUGGCCGGGGCUCUCGGCGGCAUGGCUGCGACCAUAGUCACAUACCCCACGGACAUGGUGAAGACACGCUUGAUCGUGCAGCCGACUGCACCAACAAGAAAGAGAUACAGGGGCAUCAUUCAUGCAUUUAAACUCAUUUUAAAAGAAGAGGGAUUGCUGGCAUUCUACAAAGGAAUGCUUACUUCAUUGCUAGGCUCCAUCCCAUUCUCUGCUGGAACCUUUGCAGCAUAUGAGCUUUUGGACAUGGCUUGGACCAAACCUCGCUACAUGUUAACUCCAGUGGAGAACUUUAUCAAUGGUUGCCUGGCUGGAGCCAUAGCUCAAACCAUCUCGUAUCCAUUUGACACAAUCAGGAAAAAGCUCCAGGCUCAGAGUCGAGUAAUGAAGGAUGGUGGAGGAGUGGACAUCAAGUUCCAGGGCAUGGUCUCAGGCUUCAAGAAGACUGUGGCUCAGUAUGGCUGGAAGGGACUUUGGAGAGGCAAUCUACCUAAUCUAUGCAAGAUUGCUCCAUAUGCUGGUUUCAUGUUCAUGACCUAUGAAACAUGCAAGAAGGUAUUCCUAUACGAGAACGGGUUCUCAAUAUCACCUUACGAUGACACCCCCAUCAGUGGAGUGGAUCAGUCCUUGAAACCAGAUGAACUCCGGAUGUGGAAGGAGAGACAUAGUUCAUGAUGGUCCGUCUCUAUUGGAAUUUUUCCAUCACUACUUUUAUGGGUUUCUAUAUCAGUGCUAAUGUAGCCUAUAUAAGGCAAGUCAGAAUCUUGAUAAGUUAUUGUGACAUUGAAUUAUAUACUGAAAGGAUAAUUAUUAAUCCAGGAUUUUAAAUCUUAACGUCUCUAUAGAUGCAGAAUUAAGAAACUCUGUACUUAUGUUAAAAGAGCUGCCUGAUUUUGUGGAGUUUCCUUGACCCUCUUUCAGAUGCUAUCUAUUCAAUCCAAAGUUGCGCAAUUUUUUUUUUUUUUCAUUUACUCUGGA